UGGCAUCAGGUAUGCUGAGGCUGCUCUCUGGGGACUGGUGUGAAGCAGAACUCAGGACUCAUCGCCGGGUCAAAGGGCACCCUGAAGGCAGCCAUCUUGGACACUCUACCACAAUGGAAGAACCCGUACUGAAGAAAAACCCCGCAGCCUGGCAAAGGCCUGAAGUCGCCAGGAAAGCUGUGAUGGAGUGUUGCCUGGUGAAGUGGAUCCUCAGUCGGGCAAUUCCACACGGAACAGAUCAUUACAGCACAACUGUGCAGGGAGGUGGUAGAAAGGAAGACAUAGCAGGAUGCAGAAUGAAGUGGGACAACUACAGACCAUGUACAGUGCAGACAGACACCAAGGUGCAAGGUCUGCGGCAAAGCAGAUUGUGAGGUCAAGCGGAGGGGGAGAAGAUGGCGGCGCGACGACAGCACGCGCGGCCUCUCCGGCGAAUGAUAUCUGUAAUCUGUCAAGUAGGGUACCGUGCACAAUUCUGAUUUGAUGGAGACAGACAUGAGAGUACGGAGGAACAUCUGGAAAACUUCUGAAAUGCCCGCUUCGCUGCCGCUGCUACUGUGUGGAAACCGGAAUCUCCGGAGCAGAAGGCCCUGAAAUCCUCGGCUUUGCCUGUUUCAGCGGCCGGGGCGAGGUCGAAGGCGCUCGGCAGAGGAUGGCGCUCGGGAGGCUGUAUCGGAGGGGCUGGUCGGAGGCUCGAAGUUUUCGGACGGAUGGACUCAGUGUUGGCUGUGGUCGGCUGCUUCCAAGGCAUCGGCAAGUUGAUGGUGCCUGGAGGUUUAUGGCAGGGAGUCUCUCCCUUUUGCCGCCUGCUAUUGGGGACUCAGGAGUCGAUCGACUCGGGGACUUUUGAGACUUUAUUUACUGUGCCCAUGGUUUGUUCUUCAUCAAAUUAUGGUAUUGCUUUGCACUGCUGUAACUAUAUGUUAUAAUUAUGUGGUUCUGUCAGUGUUAGUCUUUGGUUUGUCCUGUUUUCUGUGAUAUCACUCUGGAGGAACAUUGUAUCAUUUCUUAAUGCAUGUAUGCAUUUCUAAAUGACAAUAAAAGAGGACUGAGUGUUCUCAUAAUCUAAUCGUAUUGCAUAAGAGGGUUAUGUAAUAGAGUGUUACACUAAUUCAAUCAUCUUAUAACACUGGGUUUCCGGCAUCUGCAGAAUCUGAUGUUUGGGGUAAAGUUUUGAGCGUACAAAGCCUGUAUGUGCCUGUCAGGAUAAAAGGGAAAGAUAACAGGUGUAGGAGCCACGCAUCUGCUUUCUAUCUGCAUUGGACUGUGCAUUACCUGUUUGUUAUGGUAACGAGUCCCGCGAGUGGAGGCUUGGAAAAAGCAAAGGGAAUAAGUCACAUCUUCAUGCUUAGUUCUGUG